GAACUGUCAAAAUGAACCAAUCGUGGAUUGCGUGGAAUGGCCCAUAUCAGGAUUAUGUUAAUGGCUUCUGCGCCUCUGACCCAUAUCUGGUCCAACCAGACCGUAAGCCUCUUAGAUGUGGAAUUUCCUGGGAAACCCGCCUGGUCAAUAUUCGGGCUAUCGAGUUCGGCAAUGAUCAAACCGACAAGCUCCUUCUGUUGCCCCUUCAAGGGCCGGUCUCUCUGGCUAAGCAUUUGGCACAAAAUAGGAAAGGUGGUAAACCUGGACGAACGGCGUAUGUGUUUGAGAAUAUGAACAGAGACGUUGCAACAGUUCUUGGAAACCACUUUCAAAUGCAUCAUUCUUUGUUUACCAACUACGAGCGAACAGUGACAGCUUCAUCCACAAGCGGUGGCUCUUGCAGCGUGCUAGCCUCGGGCCUCGCAUUGCAGCAAUAUCUCUCCAUGUCACCUCGCAGCUUGGUUACCCUACCGAGUAGCCUUAUCAAACACGCUCCCCUCAGGUGCUCGGAGACAGGAAGAUAUGUAAGUCUGACCCGAGUCAAUGGUAAACUUGAUAGUGUUGGCACUGUAAAGCGCAAAUGCUUUGUUUGGAACAAGUUAUCAGAAGAUGGUUGGACCAACAUAGUUAUAUGCGACCCAGUCUUAAGUAACGUUGUGACAAGGAAUGAGGCUGAUGGCAGAGGGCACGUUUUCCCAGUCGGUCAGCAACCAGCUGAAGGAGCUUAUGUCGAUUUCUUUGCCUCGGAUAUUGGAAUCACGGCGAAACCCGGCCCGCCGAAGACCAGUAUCGCCGACGAUCUGUGCUAUUAUCUCGCAAGCUAUUCUUCGCUGCCAGGCCUGACUUGCGAAACACCGGACAUUGUCUCCUUGUUCCUCAAGAAAAUUGUCGCCAGCCUCUACAUGACGCAUCUCGAUCAGUUACGUAAAACUAUUGCUCAAUCACAGAGCCCGGUGCGAUGGACCUCUGACUUUGCGAAAUUGGACCUGGCAGCAGUCGAGGCGAAUUGGAGUGACUGCCAGACUUUGGAAACGAGGCUACAACUGCACUGCCUGGACUUGGAAGGUAUUCUUGUUCAACUCCGGCUCCCCCUUGAACGUCCGAACCCUCGAGAAAUAAAAUCCUGGCAAGACGUGGCGGCCGAUUUCCAGAUGCUUUACCACCAGUACAAUCAUGCCCGAAGCUGGGUCGAGAAACUUAACUCCUCCAUGACUGCCCUGACCGGCAUAGCGGGUAACAGACAGGCAUUCAGAUAA